AUGGGUCUUGCUUCAUUCUGGCAGGAUGCCACAAAGUCGGGACAGCAAUACCUGGGUACACAGCGUGCUGAGUCUAUAGAGUCAGUCGUUCGAGAUGGCAAUCUCGAAUUUACCAAAGAAACGGCCGGAAAUGAUUCUCAGCCAUCCUAUCAAGAAGCUUCCGGCGCACCUGUCGAGAGAGAAUCACCACUUGGAUAUGAGAUCAACUGGUUCACAGUCAUCUUUCUCAACAUUGGUCAAAUGAUAGGAACAGGAGUUUUCUCUACCCCCGGGUCAAUUCUCAAAGGUCUCGGUUCUGUAGGAUUGAGCUUGUUCUUCUGGUUCAUUGGUCUCUUGGUCGCCGUCGCUGGAUUCUCAGCUUAUCUUGAACUUGCUUCCUACUUUCCUAAUCGUUCUGGAGCUCAAGUGGUCUAUCUCGAGCAGGCUUAUCCAAGACCAAAAUAUCUUUUUCCAACUGCUUAUGCUAUGUUGAACAUCCUAUUGGCAUUUAGCAGUAGUAAUGCGAUAGUUUUGUCAACUUACACAUUUCGUAUGGCUGGCACUGAGCCUACUGAGUGGCAAUCCAAGGGUGUUGCAAUUGCAGGAUUCACACUCGCUACUAUCGUGGUCAUCAUCUCCAACAAAUGGUCUCUCCGUUUCUCCAACGUUGUUGGUGUUAUAAAAGUCCUUACUUUGAUAUUUAUCAGCAUAACAGGUUUCGUGGUUCUAGGAGGACGCGUCAAGUCAAUCCCUGACCCAGGAGCGAAUUUUCGCGAUUCUUUCCAAGGUACUACUGGAGAUGCUUCUGGAGUUGUGAGAGCUCUUGUCAGAGUAAACUAUGCCUACGAAGGCUGGUCCAAUUCGUUCAACAUGGUCAAUGAAAUCAAGAAACCCGUUAAAACUAUUCGAUGGGCGGGGGCUUUGUCACUCUUAAUUGUUGCUAUUCUUUAUAUGCUUUGCAACAUUGCAUAUUUUGCUGCAGUUCCUAGAGAAGACGUCCUCAGCUCAGGCACUGGUGUUGCUGCCCUGUUCUUUGCAGCUGUCUUUGGCAAAGGCAAUGCUGCUCGAGGAUUGAAUUUUCUUGUUCUCCUAUCAUCUUUCGGCAACCUCGUACAAGGCGUACUUCCAUACCCAGCAUUCUGGGCAUCGACCCAGCCAUUCGGAACUCCACUCGGACCAUAUGCCUUCAAAUACGUUCUCACCCUCCUAAUGAUUCUCGCCCCUCCAUUCGGAGAUGCUUUUGAUUUCCUCGUCGACUUGAAAUCGUACCCCGAUGCAGUUUUCAACGGCGCUGUCGCGGUUGGAAUAUUCCUCAUUCGCCGCCAGCGUAAGCGCAUUAACGCCGAACGACCGGAAUUUAAAGCUUGGGACGUGGUGUUAUUGUUCUAUAUCGCGAUCCAAAUCAUUCUUCUUGUGAUGCCUUGGGUACCUCCCGCUGGUGGAAUUUAUGCAGGAAGUGUCAGCUUCUUCUACGCAACAUAUGCCCUCACUGGUAUUGCCAUUCUUGCGUCAUGUGCUCUCUACUACUGGGUCUGGACGUACUUGCUCCCUCACAGAGGAAAUUACACUAUCCGUCAAACAGUAAUUGUCUUGGAUAAUGGCGCCCAAACGCACAAAUUGAACAAGGUCCCUAAUUCUGAACUUGCGGAGUGGGAUGCUAAGCAUGAUGUUGUGGGCAAUGAGAUUGCGGGUGUGGCGAGGGUGGAUUCGAAUAGUGGGAGUGAUAAGGAGGGGGUUGUGAGAGAGAGGGUUGUAGGCGGCGAGAAGACGGAUUAUGAGAGGGAGGUGUAG